AUGACCAAUGUCUUGAACAAGUUCCCCGCCCACCUUCCCAUCCUAGAGUCCCUCACGCUUAAUUGCAUACGAACCGUGAGCUUCCCCGACGCAGAACUUCCCCGCGGCACAAACAGCAUAUUGCACAGCCACACGCCUUCCUUGCGACGCCUCAACCUUGUUGGAAUCACGCUCCCAUGGACAGCGCCUCUCUUCCGCGGCCUCACGCACCUUGACGUGCAGCUAGAAGCUUGGCACCCCAAGCUCGACACGUUUCUCAACGUGCUCGAUGCCUGCCCCGACCUUGAGCUCCUCCGUCUCUACGAGGCACAUCCGGUCUCAUCCGACGAGGCGAUCCCGCGCCGCGUCAACCUUCCCCGUCUGCAGACGAUCGACCUCCAAGGUCCCAGCGCGGCAUACAUCCUCGCGUUCCUCGUCCCACCCGCGACCGCACACAUUCACAUCCCCUUCUUCCGGUACCAGCCCGCAUGGCACUCGCACCUCCCAAACCUCCCCGCGAUCGACACCUUCGUGCUCUCCCUCUACAACCCCCCCGGCUCCUCCCCGAGCGAGCCAGUCCUGCGCGGGACCGCCGCCCCCGCGCGCACGGGCGCGAGCACGGCGGCCCCGCGCGUGCUCCUCGAGAGCCCCUUCGGCGACCGCCCCCUCCUCAUCGUCUUCUGGAUCGACGUCGCGUGCCUCGUCGGCCUCUGUCGCGCCAGCACGUUCCUCCUCGGGCCGGGCGACGUCGCGGACCCCAAGUUCGCGUGCACGGAGUGGGCGCAGGGCCUCGCGAACAUGGCGUCCGUGCGCACGCUCGCGCUGCACACGCGCAAGGCGUUCUGCGCGCUCGUCGGGAUGACCGACGACACCGAGACAGAUACGGACGCGGACGCGGACGCGGCGCCGGUGCUGUGCCCCGCGCUCGAGCACCUCGAGCUCGGCGACUUCCAGCUGAGCCGCGCGGACGCCGCGCGCGUCGAGCGGUGGGUCGCGCGGCGGCACGCGCAGGGCGCGUCCGCGCUGCAGACGAUGCGGCUGUGCGACAUGCGCCCGCUCCUGCUGGUCGUCGUCCAGCGCCUGCGGAAGGUCGUGCCGACCGUCGUCGUGUUCGAUGAGGGCGUGCCCGUCGGGACGACGUUCGGACGCACGGUGGACUGAGCCGGCGCGCGCGCGGGGGCUGAUGCGAGGCCGGCGGUGCGACGCGCACGGUUCGCUUGGGCGGCGCUCAGGCCGACGCGUGCUGAACGUUGAGCGGCCGAACCGAAGUCGUGUUGCAAGCCGCGUCCUGGAAGUUUCAUCUGUCUGUCGCGGCAAAGUCCCGCUCAUGUGGAUAUGUGUACGAGUACAAUCGUGCGGAGGAUGUAGUGUAUGUCUUUCUUGUGUAGCGGUUCGGAAUCACCAACGCACGGCUGAGAGGAGCGCAAUAGUAAUUAUUAUGCCUUGGUCGAACAGAUUUGUCUUUCCGAGCUACCGCCUGUCUCUAGUCUCCGUUGCUGACCCAACGCACGGCUGAGAGGAGCGCAAUAGUAAUUAUUAUGCCUUGUUCGAACAUAUU